GUAGCAGAGCCCUGCAAGUAGUUCGUCUCAGCAGCAGCACAGUGGUCAGUGGCUAGGAGACAUACGAAAGUCAUCUGGCGGAACAUGAAGUCCGAAUAAAGAAAGUAGCCUCCGUCAUGAUAGUGUACGUGCGGUUCAACUCCAGCUGUGGGUUCCCUGUGGAGCUAGAGGGCGGAGCCAGAGUGGCCGAGCUGAAGGAGGAGGUGGGGCGUCUGCAGGGGGUGGAGCCUCAUCAGCUCUGCGUCAUCUUCGCCGGGAGAGAACUGCAGAGCGACAGCACGCUACAGGGCUGUGACCUGCCAGAGCAGAGUACGGUGCAUGUGGUGCUGCCCCCUGCUGGCCGUGUGCGGCGUAGCGAGAUGGUGCUGCAGCAGCGUCUGGGGGGGGUGGAGCGUCUGACCCGACUGGACCUCAGUGCCUCCCGGCUGCACACCAGCUCCACCGGCCUGGCCGUUAUACUGGAGGACCAGCAGCACAGUCCAGACAACUCACUCACACACACAGAACCCAAGCCUCACAGUAGCUUCUUCGUAUUCUGUAAGAGUGUGUGUAAGGCCAUCCAGCCUGGGAAGCUACGCGUGCGCUGCAGAGCCUGCAAACAGGGCACACUAACACUCAGCCGGGGUCCAUCGUGCUGGGACGAUGUUCUUCUCCCUGAUCGUAUCCAUGGGGUGUGUCAGUCUCAGGAGUGUGAAGGCAGACUAGCGGAGUUCUACCUGAAGUGUGCGUCCCAUCCCACCUGUGACGAGGACACGUCCGUUGCCCUGGACCUCAUCAUGCCCAACGUCAGAGCUGUCCCCUGCAUCGCCUGCACAGACAUCAUGAGUCCAGUUGUGGUGGCCCAGUGUCCAGAUCGGCAUGUCAUCUGUCUGGACUGCUUCCACAUGUAUUGCGUCACCCGUCUGAACGAGCGGCAGUUCAGUCAUGACCCUGUGAUUGGAUACUCUCUGCCCUGCGCAGCGGGUUGUCCAGACUCUCUGAUCAAAGAGACGCAUCACUUCCAUGUUCUUGGAGAGGAACAGUAUGAGCGGUACCAGCGCUACGCGGCGGAGGAGUGUGUGUUGGGGAUGGGGGGGGUGUUGUGUCCUGCUCCGGGCUGUGGGGCCGGUCUGCUACCAGAAGACGACCGCAGGAGGGUGCAGUGUGAGCUGGCCGACGGGCUGGGCUGUGGGUUUGUGUUCUGCCGUGACUGUAAGGAGGAAUACCAUGAGGGGGUGUGUCGGCAGCAGUGGGCCCCAGCAACAGGGAGCACACCUCAGGGCUAUGUGGUGGACGAGGAGGCAGCUCUUCGGGCUCGCUGGGAUCAGGCCUCUCAGCAGACUAUAGACGAGACCACACGCCCCUGUCCCAAAUGCAAAGUCCCCAUCGAGAAAAGCGGUGGGUGCAUGCACAUGGUGUGUCCGAGGGCCCAGUGUAAGUUUGAGUUUUGCUGGAUCUGCCGCGUGGAGUGGAACAGGGAAUGUAUGGGCAACCACUGGUUCGGAUGAGAACCAACCCAUCUGGCAACACACAGCUACCCUAUCUGGCAACCCUCAGAGCAUCGCAACACACAGCUACCCUAUCUGGCAACACACAGCGCUGCGCAACACACAGCUACCCUAUCUGGCAACACACAGCGCUGCGCAAUACACAGCUACCCUAUCUGGCAACCCUUAGAGCAUCGCAACACACCGCUACCCUAUCUGGCAACCCUUAGAGCAGCAUAUCACACAGCUACCCUAUCUGGCAACCCUUAGAGCAGCAUAUCACACAGCUACCCUAUCUGGCAACCCUCAGAGCAGCAUAUCACACAGCUACCCUAUCUGGCAACCCUUAGAGCAGCAUAUCACACAGCUACCCUAUCUGGCAACCCUCAGGCUCCAGUCACAUUCUGUCAGGGAAAAAAGAACUUGUAAACUGCCGGUUUGAUGAGUAAAGAAUAAGUCCCCAUAAAACAUAUAAAACCAACACACACACACACACACACACACACACACACACA